AUGGAAGUAUAUGUUGACGAUAUGCUGGUCAAAAGCAUCAAGGCCAAGGACCACUGUCAACACCUCACUGAAAUGUUUGAUAUACUGAGGAAGUAUGGAAUGAAGUUGAACCUGAGGAAAUGUGCUUUCGGGGUCAGUUCUGGAAGAUUCCUAGGUUACAUUGUAAACAACCGAGGAAUCGAGGCGAACCCUGAAAAAAUACAAGCUAUCAUCCAAAUGAAGCCUCCAACCAAACCCAGAGAAGUACAAAGUUUAACCGGAAGGGUUGCGGCCCUCAGCAAGCAGGCCUUGAAGAUAUAUUUAUCUGUUUUAGAGCACGCCAUUAGUGUCGUUCUAACCCGAGAAGAAAAUGGUGUUCAACAUCCAGUUUCUUACGUAAGCAAAGUGCUUCAUGAAGCCGAGCUCAGAUAUUUGGCUGUAGAAAAACUGGCAUUCACCCUGCUAACGGCAGCGCGAAAACUGAGGCCAUAUUUCUUGGAACACCCCAUUGAGGUCCUGACCAACUCUCCAUUGAGGCAAACGCUACAAAGGCCCGACACCUCUGGACGGAUGGGCCAAGCACUCGCCGACUUUGUCUCUAAGUUCUGCAACGUCCCAAUUGAAGAACAACAAAAAGAAACCCCUUGGAAAUUUUAUGCCGACGGUUCAUCCACCGGAGAACAAUCUGGAGCCGGCGUCGCAUUAAUCAGCCCUGAUCAUCGCAUGUUCUAUGAAGCCUUGCCAUUUGACUUUAAAGCCUCAAAUAAUGAGGCUGAGUAUGAAGCUCUUAUUGCUGGAGUAAGGAUGGCCUCAAGACUAGGGAUAUCCGACCUAAUCCUACACAGCGACUCCCAACUAGUCAUGAAUCAGAUCAACGGUGUAUAUAUGGCGAAAGAAGACAGGAUGGACAACUACCUACGAGUUUUAAAAAAAGAACUUGAAAGGUUCAAAACCACCCAAGUCAAACGAAUUUCCCGAUCUCAGAACAAUCACGCCGAUGCAUUGGCCCGCCUAGCCACCCGUGAGGGAAUUGAGAAGUUCGAUAGCAUUCCCGUAGGAAGAAUAUCCCUACCGUCCAUCGAGCUGGAUAAAGUGGUCCUUAUGAUGAUAGACCCCAAACCAACUUGGCAAGACGAGAUCAUCGCUUACCUGAAAACAGGAAAAUACGCCGAAAACUCUGCAGAGGCUAGAAAGCUCCGAACAAGGUCAGUUAGGUACACUCUCAUUGAUAAUAUACUAUACAAAUGGGGAUAUUCCACGCCCUUGUUAAGAUGCUUGAACGAAGAGGAAGCCCAGCACGCCCUGCAAGACGUUCACGAAGAAUAUGUAGAAAUCAUUUCGGCGGACUCUCACUGGCCCACAAGAUCAUACGACAAGGAUACUUUUGGCCGGCAAUAA